AGACAGUUUCGCGAAUGGGAAACAGCUGAGACGGGCGCAAAUUAUUUGCUCGCAGUCCGCUGACGCCAACUCUUCUAUCGCGUGAGUGACAAAAGUGUGCUCGACAUUAUUCCAAAUAUACCGGUAAUACAUUAGUGCCGUCGACUUCGUGAUCGCGAGAGAACUGCGAGGAUGGCCGAGCAAAAUAUUGAUCUCAACUUCCCCGUAUGGGGGUUGCUCCCGAAGAAGGAAACCGGAGUCACUCAGUUCAUCAACAAAUAUCCUCAAUACGACGGCAGAGGUACUAUCAUCGCCAUCUUUGACUCUGGAGUUGAUCCUGGAGCACCCGGUCUACAGGUGACAUCCGAUGGUAAACCCAAAGUUAUUGAAAGAUUUGACUGCAGUGGCCUUGGCGAUGUUGAUACAAGCAAAGUUGUCAAAACCAUUGAUGGAUACGUGACAGGUAUAACUGGACGAAGACUGAAGAUUCCAGAGAGUUGGAAUAAUCCAAGUGGAAAAUAUCAUCUUGGUGUAAAAGGUGCAUAUAGUUUAUAUCCAAGUAAGUUACGUGAAAGAAUUGAACAGUCUAGAAAGAAAAAAAGCUGGGAUGAAGGACAUAAAACUGCAUUGGUUGAAGCUACCAGAUUAUUACAAGAAUUUGAAGCAAGUCAUCCACAGCUCUCAACGGCACAAGAAAAAUUGGAGAAAGAAGAACUUGAGUCUCGGAUAGAAUAUUUGAAUGGUCUUGAAAAAAAAUAUGAAGAUGUUGGACCAACUUAUGAUUGUGUCGUUUUUCACGAUGGACAGAUAUGGAGAGCAUGUAUUGAUACAUCAGAAGAAGGAAAUUUAGCAGCUGGAGUAUUUCUCGGAGAAUACUCCAUCACAAAAGAAUAUGCUCCUCUUACUCAAGAAGAUCAGCUUAAUAUUUCUAUUAACGUUUAUGAGGAAGGAAAUGUAUUGGAAAUCGUCAGUCUUUGUUCACAACACGGGACACAUGUAGCGUCAAUUGCCGCUGGCAAUUUUCCAGACGCCAAAGAAUUAAAUGGAGUUGCCCCAGGUGCACAAAUUAUAUCUUUGACGAUCGGUGAUGCACGGCUAAAUACCAUGGAGACAGGAAGUGCCAUCGUUAGAGCAAUGAUUCGCGUCAUGACAUAUAAGGAUAAAAUUCAUGUUAUCAACAUGAGCUAUGGAGAGCGUGCUCACUGGGCCAAUACCGGACGAAUCGGUGAACUGAUGAACGAAGUUAUUGACAAAUAUGGUGUUUCUUGGGUGAGCUCGGCUGGAAACAUGGGUCCUGCAUUGUGCACAAUAAAUACUCCACCUGAUAUCAAUUCGAAUAGUGUCAUUGGUGUGGGAGCAUACGUUUCACCCGAUAUGAUGAUGGCAGAGUACUCACUGAGAGAAAAAAUGCCAGGUAUGCCGUUUACAUGGUCUUCCAGAGGCCCUAUGCCUGAUGGCGGUUCUGGCGUUUCUGUAUGUGCACCUGGUGGUGCCAUUACGAGCGUUCCAAACUUCACCCUUCGUAAAUGCCAAUUGCUCAAUGGAACAAGUAUGGCAGCUCCUCAUGUUGCUGGUGCCGUCGCUAUACUCAUAUCUGGACUUCUGGCGAGGAAUUUGAAAUUUUCACCGUAUAGUAUCAAACGUGCAUUAGAAAACUCUGCACAUUUCGUCGAUUCUCUAGAUCCGUUUGCUCAAGGUUCUGGAUUAUUGCAAGUAGAGAAAUCCUUUGAAAAUCUUGUUGCAAAUGCCGAUGCUCCCGAGCGUGACGUUAGGUUUAACAUUAAUUGUGGUACCAGUAACGCCAAAGGUAUUCACUUGAGAACGGGUGUUAUUGACCGUCCAAAGGAUUAUGCUAUUACGGUAGAACCAACAUUUUUAGACAGUGAAAAUACUGAUCCCGCGAGGAAAAUUAAUUUCAAUGUCAGAAUUACAAUGGUCUGUGACGCACCAUGGGUUCAUUAUCCGACUCAUUUCGAUCUAAUGCAUAUGCCUAGAGCUUUUGCCAUUCGUAUUGAUGGUACUUCACUGCCAGAAGGUGUUCAUUUUACAAGUAUUCGAGCGUAUGAUGUAUCGAAUGUAGACAAGGGUCCACUUUUCCGCAUACCCAUCACGGUUGUACAACCAUCAACAAUCCCGAAAACUGCAACUCUUCCGGAUCUGGUAUUCACGAAUGUUGCUUUCAAACCAAAUACUAUUCAGAGACAUUUUAUUCUUGUUCCUGAGGAUGCCACUUGGGCAGUUUUAAAACUCAAGAGUGCAGAUAAAGAUAAAACUGGACGAUUUGUUAUGCAUACAAUGCAGUUGAAGCCUCGUUUAGCCACAAAAACUUUAGAGCUCAAUAAGAUGCUAAAUAUUACUUCCCAAUCUGAAACGAUUCAAGGUUUCACCGUACAAGGAGGCUUAAUUUUAGAAGUAGCCAUUGCUAAAUAUUGGGCUAACUUAGGCGAUAUUCUAAUCGAUUAUACUAUCGAAUUUCAUGGUGUACGUUUAUUGAAUGGAGAUCUAACAAUGCAAUCUGGCGAUGGUAUACAUCGUUUGGAGCUUCGCAGUUCUCUGCGAAGUGAAGAAGUUGUACCAGUCAUAUCGCUUAAACACUCUGUUCAAGUUUUGAGACCUAUUGAUGCUAAAAUCGCACCUUUACGGGCACGCGACAUCAUCCCGCCCGCCCGCCAAAUAUUUGAGUUGCAAUUGACGUAUACAUUUCAUAUAGCAAAGGCUACUGAAAUAACGCCCAAUGCUGCACUACUUAGCGAUUUGUUAUACGAAAGUGAAUAUGAACACCAAAUGUGGAUGAUCUAUAACGUCAACAAACAACUCAUUUAUUGUGGAGAUGCUUACCCCAGCAAAUACACAAUUUCGAAAAUUGAAAAGGGUGAUUAUACCUUAAAAAUGCAAAUACGUCACGAGAAAAAGGAAUUAUUGGAAAAAUUGACAGAUAUGCCUAUGCUUCUAAACCAAAAAUUGAGUUCUCAAGUCAAUUUAGACGUUUAUGCAAGUCAAUCACAAGCGAUGAUUAGUGGUAAAAAAAUGGCAGCAGCUUCUAUUCCUCCAGGACAUAUUUUACCAUUGUAUAUUGCACCUUUAUCCAACGAAAGCAAAAUUUCUAAAGGUGCAACUUUAGGCUCUUAUCUCCAAGGAACAAUAACUUUCUGCAAGGACGAAAUUGGAAAAAAAGUAGAUGUUCAUCCAUUUAAAUUUGUCUUGUCGGAUUCAGCUAGAAAGCCGAUAACCCAGAAUAAUAAGAGUGAAAAAGAAAAGUUGACUAAAUGGGAGGAAUAUAACGAAGCCAUGCGCGAUCUAAAAUGCAAUUGGCUUGCAAAACUUGCACCGUCUAUUGGUAAACCUGGUGAGCACGCGCACGAACUGUUCAAUGAAUUGAAAUCAACAUAUCCGGAUCAUCUGCAAGUUUAUACGUCAAUGUUAACGUCGCUCGACUCGUCAGAUGCUCCUCGUCAUGUACCUUAUGACGAUAUUUCAGAUCAAACGAUUCACUUUGCAAGUCAAAUCAUUUCUACGGCCGAUGAUAUUAUAAAAACGAUUGAUCAAGAAAAGUUGCUCGCGUACUACGGACUCAAAUCAGAUCAAAGAGCAGAUGCUUUAAAAAUAAAAUCAAACAUGGAUAAGCAGAAAGUUUGUCUCAUCGAUGCUCUUGUUAAAAAAGGUUGUGCUCUCGCACGACUCUGUGUUCAUGGAAAGAGAAAAGGUGACACUCAAGAGCAUACUAAGGCACUCGCCGAUUCUGUUAACAACAUUUGGCGAGAUGUUCAAAAGUUUGCUGAAGCAACAGAUCCAAAAGUAAUCAGUCUCUCCCUGUGGCAUGCACAUGUCCACAAUCAUUAUGGCAGAUAUUUGAAACUACUGGCGCGGGCUUACGAAGAUAAACCGGUUAAGGAAAUCGACGAGAAAUACAUUGAUAUCGCAACAACUUUAGGCUGGAAACAUUUAGCACGACAUAUUUCAUCCAGUAUACCGUUUAAAUAUCCAACGGCCUACUUCUAAUUAUAAAAAUAUCUCUUAAUUUGUAGAAAAUGAAUUAUUUAUUCAUACGUUUAUCAUCUUAUUAACGUUGAUGAUAUUAUUUUUUGGAUAUUUUUAGAUUUUGAAUUGAGUACGGCCAUCUUCAUAACGACAUUAAGCUUUUUCGUUUGUGCAUUAUUAUCAUUGAGUUAAAAAAUUAUCUUAUACUGUUGAGCACUUUGUGCAAAACCUCUCUAUACAGCAAUAAAUUACCUUAUGCGAUUGAUUAAAGCUAUA